CGUAUCUCCCUGCCGAACCAGUUUCAUGAGUAUGAAUUCUCUAUAGAUACCUAUAGUGUUCUCCCUGUGCUCCAUUCCAAUCUGAGCCGGACAGAUGGCUUCAAUCUCAAUCGAGCUCGAUCUUCCCGAGCCAUUCGCUAGUAUUCCUCGCCAUGAGUUGACCUUUGGUCCAUCCCCCAUACAUUCCUUGCCUCGCAUCUCUCAGGCACUGGGGGAUAAGGUCGCCAUCUAUGCGAAGCGAGAAGACGUCAACUCGGGGAUUGCAUUCGGCGGGAACAAGACCCGCAAACUCGAGUACCUGGUCCCUGAUGCAUUGGCUCAGAACUGCGACACCCUCAUCUCGAUUGGAGGCUUUCAAUCCAAUCACACGAGGCAGGUUGCGGGAGUGGCCGCCAAACUGGGACUGAAAGCGAAACUGGUUCAGGAGAAGUGGGUUCCACACGAGGAUGUAGGCUACGACAAGGUGGGCAACAUUCAACUAUCAAGGUUGAUGAAUGCCGAUGUCCGUCUCGAUGCAUCUGGGUUUGGGAUCGAACACAAACAGACCCUCGCCCAACUGAAUCAACAAGUCAUCGACAAUGGUGGCAAGCCUUAUUACAUCCCUGCAGGCGCCUCCGAUCACCCUCUUGGAGGCCUGGGAUUUGCACGAUGGGCCUUUGAAGUGUGCGCCCAGGAGCUUUCAGAAGGUCUGUUCUUCGACACCAUCAUUGUGUGCGCUGUCACCGGGUCCACCUUUGCCGGAAUGAUCGCAGGCUUCAAAUUGCUCGAGAAACUAGGUCGAUCUCCAGCGAGAAAGGUGAUUGGCAUCGACGCUUCGGCCAAACCCGACGAAACAUUCGCCCAAGUGCUUCGCAUCACCAAACAGACGGCCUCCAAGAUUGGCCUGGACGACACGGACGUGACCGAGAAAGAUGUCAUUUUGGACACGAGAUAUCACGGUGGCAUCUACGGCAUUGCUGAUCAAGCGACGCUGGACGCCAUCCGCUUUGGCGCUAGCACCGAAGGUUUCAUCACCGAUCCGGUCUAUGAGGGCAAGAGUCUCGCUGGCAUGAUUGAUCUGGUCAAAAAGGGAGAGAUCCAAGCCGGCAGCACCGUCCUGUAUGCCCACUUGGGUGGACAGCUGGCUUUGAAUGCCUACUCCGAUAUUCAGUGAUUGAGCUGUAGUGAGAUAUCUUGGAGGUAUCUAAUCAUCUAUAUUAGCGUUCUCGAGCUGUCUAAUCCGGCAUUGAGUAUGAAAGGAAAUCCAACAAUCUCUCACUCUUAUGACAAC